GUUACGGAAUUAGUUCCGUAAAUUGUGCUUACGCAGUGUUUUACUUGCGUCAGUCGCAGGUGUACAAUCUCGUUACUAAUUCUCUCUAGCAAGGAAAUUUUACAAUAAAAAUAUGCAAGUAUGAUGAACUUGGGGGAUGUGGUGUCGGAGCUGAAAGGGCGAGACGCGUAUCUGCCGCUUGGACGCAAGGGCUCAGCGGACUCGAAUUACUCGCAGCCGUCAUCUGAUCUCUCACUUGACGAGGAGCGAGAGAACCUGCGGCGCGAGACUGAGAGACAAGCCAUUACCCAGCUCGAGAAGGCUAAGACCAAACCUGUGGCGUUCGCUGUGCGUUCUAAUGUAGCUUACGACGGCUCUCUUGAUGACGACUCUCCCGUUCACGGCUCUGCCGUAUCCUUCGAAGUCAAGGAUUUCCUCCACAUCAAGGAAAAGUACGACAAUAACUGGUGGAUCGGGCGGCUGGUGAAAGAGGGUGCGGACGUGGGCUUCAUCCCGUCGCCGGUGAAGCUCGAGAACCUGAGACUCCUGCAGAACCAACAGAAGAACUCGAAGCUCUACACGAACAAGACUUCAUCGUCGGGUAACGUGGGGGCUUUAGGCGAUGCGCUCGCUAGUGGACCGAGUACCUCUAGAGGUCCAUCUAACUCAAGAGGAUCCACACCUCCCACACCUGGGAUUGAUCUGGAUAACGGCAUUGAAGGAGCCGGAGGACUCGGCGACGAUGCAGAUUCAUUGGGAAACUCAAAAAAUAAAACUUCCAUUACAACUCCGCCCACAAAAGAAAAGAGAAAACCCUUCUUCAAGAAGCAAGAAAACAUCCCCCCGUACGACGUAGUUCCUUCCAUGCGGCCGCUAGUUCUAGUCGGUCCAUCACUUAAGGGGUACGAGGUCACUGACAUGAUGCAGAAAGCACUUUUCGACUACGUCAAGCAUCGCUUCGAAGGAAAGGUGAUAAUCACCCGUGUCAGCGCCGACAUCUCGCUGGCGAAGCGCAGUCUACUCAACAACCCCAGCAAGCGCGCCCUCAUUGACCGGUCAACGUCGCGGUCGACGUGCAUAGCGGAGGUGCAGGCGGAGAUUGAACGGAUCUUCGAGCUGGCCAGGACCCUGCAGCUCGUCGUGCUCGACUGCGACACAAUUAACCAUCCAUCGCAGCUCGCCAAGACUUCGCUCGCGCCCAUCAUCGCCUACCUCAAGAUAUCUUCUCCGAAAGUACUCCAACGCUUGAUCAAGUCGAGAGGCAAGUCGCAGAGUCGGAACCUGAACGUACAGAUGGUGGCGGCCGAGAAACUAGCUCAGUGUCCUCCGGAGAUGUUCGAUGUCAUUUUAGACGAAAACCAAUUGGAGGACGCGUGUGAACACAUCGCCGAGUACCUGGAGGCCUACUGGGCGGCUACGCAUCCUCCUGCAAUUCCUAUUCCCCAGAUCCAGCGACCAAUAAUCUCCCCAAACUCCCCUUCCCGCCCCAACCACGCCGGAGCUGCCUUACUUAGACCUGCGACCAGUCCCACAGGAUUACCAGGACCUCGAGAGCCUGGUGGCUAUGGUCGCUACCCUGACGAACGAGUUUACCACCGAGGAGGUCCUACAGGACACGGGUCUCUUCGACCUCACCGCGACCCCAGAGACUACAGAGACAUGAGAGACCCUCGAGACUACAGGGAAAGAGAUUUAAGAGAUACCAGAGACUUGUUGAGAGACCCACGGGAUCAAAGAGAUCCUCUUCUUGAUCCUCACGAUGCUCGCGAUGUGCGAGACUCAUUGGAUUGCAGGGAUUCAAGAGAUAUAAGAGAUCCUAGAGACCUAAGAGACCCACGUGAUUUUAGAGACCCUAGAGACUUUAGAGAUCCUAGAGACCUGAGAGACUCCAGGGACCUCAGAGAUCCACGUGACCUCAGGGAUCCCCGAGAUCUUAGAGUUCCAUUAGACCCUAGAGAUCAUAGAGAUUCUAGGGACUCAAGAGAUCUUAGAGAUCCCAGAGACCUUAGAGAUCCUAGAGACCUUAGAGAUCCCAGAGACCUUAGAGAUCCCAGGGACCUUAGAGAUCCUAGAGACCUUAGAGACCCCAGGGACCUUAGAGAUCCUAGAGACCUUAGAGACCAUAGAGACCUUAGAGAUUCUCGUUUCGACGAAUUCGGCGAUCGGGGACUUGCGGGUCCCUCUUCUCUUCCCCAAGACCCAAUCCUGUACGACAGACAACUUCCUCCUCCCGCGACGCGACGGCAGCUCCCCAGCACCAGGGAUGAGGAGUACCACACCCCACACCGGCCCGCACCCGGAGCUCGGCAACCCCUCAAUGCAUAACAUCUCUACGGCAUAAUCCAUUAAUUACUUGUUUCUUGUACACCUCAAAUGGAUAUUGCCAUUCUUUAUCAUCUAAUGUUCUUUUCUAUACCCUUGUUAAUGGAACUUAAAUAUGAUAUGGACAUGCUUUUUCUGCUCCGAGCAAAGCAUUGAAGAUUGUGCCUUCAGUAAUGCUGCGGGAGUUGUUACCUGUCCUCGCUUGCUUUACUGUCGAUUCCCUUUCAAAUUGAACUAAUUUGCACUGCUGUUCAAACUCAACUUAUUUCUAGCUGCGUAAUUACGACGCUUUUAAAAGAAGUUGACCUGCAACCAUGAGGUGCAUUGUCUGAAACAAUAUCAUCCAUAUAAUCGGUUUCAUGUAAUUUUAAAAUCCUUUUUUUGUGGUCCACCUUGUUGUUUCUCACCGGCUGUCAACUCAUGUGAAUUACGAAUAACUUUGCUCCUCUCUGUUUUUCUUCUGUUUUGUACUGACGAUUCUUCCGUGAAUUCCACUCGAAAAACAUUAGUGAUGCUCCUCGUCCGUUUACUAGUUUUGAUUGCAAUAAUUUGAAAUUUUUUCAGCAAACAAUUUCGAAACGUCAAAUAAAUUAUUUUGGAUUUUAUAUACUCAAAUAUCAUAUAGCCCUGACCAACACCCUUGCCUGCAAUUGACAAUUUUUUUAGGAAUCUAGUAAAAUUGAGAAAUGAUUGCAAUGAGAAGUUAUUGCCAGAAGUUUGUGUAGGUUCUGUUGUGCCAAGUAUUUCACGUAUUGAAAUGAUUGUCUGGGAGCUAGAAUUGUUUAUGCUAAUCAACUGGAUUGCAGCAUUCACCUGUGUAGAUUCAGUUUGAAUGAAAAAAUGUCAAUGCUUUGAAGAAAUAAAGCUCUUUUUUUUUAAUGGCAGAUUCUACACAAUUUACGGGAGUUGUUAUAUUAACAAUGUUCCCAAUCGCUUUCACGGGUCCAGGCUGUCAGCAAGCGAAAUUUUUAUCAAGCGAUAUUACUUACACUGAGAAAAACCAAAAUUCAUUAUGUUUUGCUCGAAUCAUAUCCGAUUCGGUUUAAUAAAUUCUGAUGUAAGUUUACAGUCUAAAAUCUGACGGUAUUUACUUAAGAUAAUUUGCAUGGUUACUCGAGGAAAGGGCGAUGACCGUCAAUGUUUUCCGAGUAAAACUGGAACUUCUGAUGCAUGAAUUUUUUAUACUCAUGUUCAUCCAUUCUGUAUGUUGACUUUUAAGUAAUACACGUACUGCAUGAACAUGGACCUUGCCUUGUCUUUAUCGGUACAUUCGGGUUCUCAUGUGAAAAGCCCGUACUUAUUCUACACACCUCGAGGCUGGCACGGAAAGCUCUACCCAACUGCAAAAUGUUGCCGGAUUAUAAGUGGCUUUGGUAUACGCUGAGGUUGGCCACUGAUAACUCGCUUAACAUUUACUCUCGGGUACUGCAAUUGCCAGUGUGACAAAGCUUUACCCCAUUGAAAAUUUUAACUGGAUUAACGCUGAACAGCUGUUGAAGGUUGAACUACGACCGACGAUAUUACGCUUAAAAUUUUCAAGUGGGUACCACAAAUCUGCUCUGUAGGAAGUCAGUGUAGAAUGAUUAUUAAAAACAAGUCUUUCAAUCUGCAUAUAUAUAGUAUCGUCUAUUUUAUACUAGUAUCAAUUCCUAUAUUGAUAUCUGAUAUUAUUCAAGUAUGUAUCAAUGGAUACCUUCAUACCCCCACGUUACUUUCAGUUGUAGAAAAUAAGUCUUUGGGAAUGACUUUGUUCAGCAUUCUUUCUUUCCCUAACAAAAUUUAGAGUCGCCACAGCUUCUGGUAAUCGAAAUCAGAAGCUGCCGCGUCUGUAAAUUUUCAACGGGUUAUUACCUUCGACAUAGCUUCCCUACCUUCAUCCUCUUUCAGUUACCGCCUAUACAGUAGUGAGAAUAGUGAAGUUUUAUUGCGCAUAUGUGUUAAUAAAUGAAAGCUAAAUGUCGGUUUCUUAAUUUCUUAAUGGAAUUUCCAAUAAUUGUUUUCGAGAAUCAUCAGGUUUACAUUACGAUUAAUUGGUUUCAUGUCGAAGCAUCCGCUUCUGGUCAGGUAGCAAUUAUUUCUGUUCCAAUUUUUCCUCUACAUCAAAGAGCUUUUCAAUAGCAAACUAUUCUCAAUAUCUGAAGUUCAUCUCCAGUAUUUAAGGGUUUCCCUUUUUCAAUUACUCACAGAUUGUUUAAAUUUCUAGGAUCAUAUAAUUUCUAAUUUUCGAAGUUUUAUGUAAGCUAGAGAUGUUUGUAAUUUAUUUCUUUUACUGAUUUUUAAUUCUAGGAUCUGCUAAGUUCUAGUUUUUUGAAGUUCAAUGUAAACUAGAGAUGUCUUAGCAUUUCCUUCAUUGCAUAUGCAUCGUACUCGACAAAUCUCCUUUGCCACCUUUUUAUUGAUAAGAGAUCUUGCGUACUUUUGAUGCACGUCUCUCUUUCAACUGAAUUUGUUUGACGUGAAUUGAACGGUGGUAGGUCACUUGAUGACAGAUCAUCUCUAGGAAUUGUUAGAAAUAGAUUUUAUCUAUAAAUAUAUUGUUGUUAGAAUGGUGGACGGAAGGUUCGUGUACCAAGAUUGAUGUGUGAACCCAAUGCAUGUACAUAGGUAUAUAAAUAUAUAUUUCUAGCUCUU